UCAAAAUAUUUGGUCGUUGUUACUGAUGGUGUUACCGUCAGGCACCCAUGCUGUGCCAUCUACAACUGCCAUGCACCUCUCAACAACAACCGUGAUCACUUCUGCCCAGCUCACACUGCAACGCAUGGAUGCAAAUGUGUGAUCAUUGCUUGCUCUAACGAUGCUCUUGUGAAGAGCAAGGUGUGUCAUCUAUCUGAGCAUCAAGCUGUGGAAUGCACAUACCAACUGCAUGGACAAAGUUGUUUCCAGCUCCAG